AUGAAGCUCUUCGUUAGCGAAGGCAACCCACAAAGCCUAAAAGUGUUGGCUGCUCUAGACACAGCAGGAGUGCAAUGUGACGUCCAGUUUGUUAACCACGAAGAGAAACUCGUUCCUUUCCUGAGCCGUCCAACUUUGCCAGUCCUACUCCUUCCUAAUGGACAUCACCUUUUCAGCCCCAAUGCCAUAUGUCGUUACAUGUUUGAAGUGAGCGGACAAGAAUGGCACGAGGCUUGCGAUCAGUGGCUUGAAUGGGAGGCCACAGAACUCCAGCCUGCCCUGCUUCAAGCCCUUCACAUGGCGGUGCUUCAGGGGAAAGAAUCCGAGGCCACCAAAGUCCUCACAGGGCCCCUCACUUACUUGGACCAAAGCUUGAGCAAGGCUACAACGCCUUAUUUAACUGGGGAAGUUGUUUCAGUCGCUGAUCUUGUUUUGUGUGCCGCGCUGCAACCGAUUAUGUCCACACCAACUCUCACUUCAGGUGAACACAAAUCUUUGAAGGUUUGGUUCGACCAUGUGGCUUCCUUGCAGAGCUGCGUGUCGGCAUCUCACAAAGUGCUGCAGGGUAAAGGCCUGCAGGCGAUGAAGAGCUUCAUGCAGAGGCAGCCUGCGCCACAGAGCGGCCAGUGUCAAAGCAGCAUGCUGCCUUGCAACAGCAGCUCUGCUGAGGAAGGGGAACGUGCAGUGUCACAGGAAGAGAUGGAAGCUGCUGUACUCAUCUGGAACAAAGGUUCAAAUGUUCCUUCGGCUACUACAGACAGACUCCAUCCGAUUCUGCCGCAGGAGGGCAAACGAAACAUCCUGCUGACCAGCGCCUUGCCCUACGUCAACAACGUGCCUCAUCUGGGCAACAUCAUUGGCUGUGUUCUCAGCGCCGACGUCUUCUCCAGGUACGGCCGACUGCGAGGCUGGAAUUUGCUGUUUGUGUGUGGGACAGAUGAGUACGGCACGGCCACAGAAAACAAAGCCCGCGAGGAAGGCCUGACACCGCAGCAGAUCUGUGACAAAUACCACGCCAUUCACGCGAGCAUCUACGAGUGGUUCCAGAUCGACUUUGAUUUCUUUGGAAGAACCACAACUGAGAAGCAGACAGAGAUUGCACAGAACAUUUUCUGGAGGCUUCACAAGAAUGACUUUCUGGUAGAAGACAUGGUAGAGCAGCUCCGGUGCGAGAAAUGCCAGCGUUUUCUUGCCGACCGUUUCGUAGAAGGCACCUGCCCCCAUUGCAACUACCCGGACGCCCGCGGUGACCAAUGCGACAAGUGUGGGCGACUCAUCAACGCAGUGGAACUCAAGGCACCUCACUGUAAAGUGUGUGGACAAACUCCAGUAAUCCGCUCAUCCAAACAUCUUUUUCUGGACCUUCCAAAGUUAGAGCCUCAAUUAGAGCAAUGGCUGGAUAAAUCCACUAGCAGCGGAGACUGGACAGCAAAUGCCAAACAAAUCACUCGCUCUUGGCUCAGGGAUGGACUCAAACCUCGCUGCAUAACCAGAGACCUCCGCUGGGGAACGCCAGUACCUCACCCGGACUUUAAAGAAAAGGUUUUCUAUGUGUGGUUCGACGCCCCCAUCGGUUAUGUUUCUAUCACUGCCAACUACACUGACAAAUGGGAACAGUGGUGGAAGAAUCCAGAUAAGGUGGAGCUGUACAACUUCAUGGCCAAAGACAACGUGCCGUUCCACAGUGUGGUGUUUCCCUGCUCCCUCUUGGGAGCUCAAGACAACUACACACUGGUUAAUCACUUAGUCGCCACUGAAUAUCUGAAUUAUGAAGACACAAAAUUCUCCAAGAGCCGUGGCGUCGGCGUCUUUGGUGACAUGGCAAAGGAUACAGGCAUCCCGUCUGACGUGUGGCGCUUCUACCUGCUCUACGUUCGUCCCGAAGGGCAGGACUCGACGUUCUCGUGGGCCGACAUGGCUCUGAAAAACAACUCUGAGCUGCUCAACAAUUUGGGGAACUUCAUUAACAGAGCCGGCAUGUUUGUUUCAAAGUUCUUUGAUGGCUGUGUGCCUGCGAUGGAGCUGCUGCAGGAAGAUAAGAAGCUCUUGGCUUUAGUGGGCUGGGAGCUGCAGCAGUACAUCCAACUCAUGGACAAAGUCAAAAUCCGUGACGCUCUGAAGCACAUUCUCAACAUCUCUCGCCAUGGCAACCAGUACAUCCAAGUAAAUGAACCUUGGAAGAAGAUCAAGGGAGGAGAUGGAGAAAGGCAGCGUGCAGGCACAGUCACUGGCGUGUCUGUCAAUGUCGCCUGCCUGCUAUCCGUCAUGCUGCUGCCUUACAUGCCAGCGGUCAGCCAAACCAUUAGGGAUCAACUCAACGCGCCUCAUUCUUGCGUCAACACCUUGCUGUUUGACAAGGGCGCCUUCACGCGCGUCCUCAACGCCGGCCACCGAAUUGGCAACGUGAGUCCAUUGUUCCAAAAACUGGAGGUGGAGCAGAUUGAAGCUUUGAAGAAGAAAUUUGGUGGACAGCAGACGCCGGCUCAAAACGCUGCCGGCCAUACUCCGUCCGCCCCUGCAAUGGAAGUGAAUGCCAGCAUAGACCCAGAGAAAGCACGGCAGCUGACGCAUGCUGUGGCUGAGCAGGGAGAAAAAGUGCGAGCCCUGAAAGCGCAGAAGGCCGACAAGGCGGUAAUAACAGCCGAGGUGUCUAAAUUGUUGGAGCUGAAAAAGCAGUUGGCACUGGCAGAAGGCAAGAGCCCUGAACCCGCACCUAUCAAGGGCAAGAAGAAGUGA